ACCAAAAUUGAAGGAAAUACAGUUUAAAAUCAUGAACAAUGUUUAUUUAGUUCCUGAAAUUUUACAGAAAAUGCUCCACUUUGAAGUAGAUCUUUGUGGAUUCUGUUUGAAAGAUCCUGAAAUUAUUGAACUUUUUUUUUUUUUUCUUGCUCUGUCUCAUUGCCGUUCUGGCAGGAUCUUUACAGCUGGUUAAACAUUGGGACUGGCAAUCCUUCAUUUGAUUUAGUCCUGGUUUUGAUUUAUAUGGAUGGUCUCUCAAGAAAGAUGUCAAAGUUGGUAAACAUAAUCAUUAUAACCAUAAUUGAAUGGGUAAAUUCUUAAUCUUAAAUGUUUUCAUAUGAAAAUGACUGUUCCCUGCUUGAGUUUCUAAAUUGAAAUUGUUCAAAACGUUUAUGAUAAUAAUAAUAAUAAGAAUCUGUAGAAUUGUAGAAUCUCGCGAGAUUGUCGAAAGAGGGAUCCCUUCUAGGCGCGACCACAACGCCCAUAUCUGCUCGAGCAUCGCGGAAGUAGGAAAUAGUUUCUAAUGCACCUGACGCGGAGUCAAGCAAACAUACAACAGGUUGAUUUAAACGUAAUUGUUGCCACUAUAGAACACCAUGUCAGAGGGAGAUGAAGAGUCAUUCAAGGCUGUAGACCUGGAGCAACGGGUUCAGAAGUCUCCCAAACCAGAAUCAGACAUUCAGCCUCAGCAAUCUCCUAGUGAAACAGAUAAACCCAGCACACCUUCUACAGAGGCUAGAGAGGAAACCAUCUCCUCUACAAGUCAUUCAGUGGCCAAAGCUAAAUGGGUGUCAACAGUGGAACAGUUUAAAAUGAAGAGAUUUUUUGUCCUCAGGCCUGGAACUUUGGACCAAGCCAUUGAGGAACUUAAAGCACUGGCAGAUCCCUCAGAAGAUGGUGCUGUUCAGAGUGUUUGGCUCAUGGCUGAGAUAGAUCAUUGGAACAACGAGAGAGAGCGUCUGGUUCUCAUCACAGAGAAUACCCUCCUUAUCUGCAAGUAUGACUUUGUCAUGCUCAUCUGUGAGCAGAUACAGAGGAUUCCACUCAACUUCAUCGACCGCAUCUGCCACGGCACCUUCUGCUUUCCACAACGCUCCCUCCUGAUGAGAGAGGGCGAGGGGGUGCGGGUGUUUUGGGACAAGCUCAGGGAGCCAUCUUUUACUUCCCGUUGGAAUCCUUUUUCUGUUGACUAUCCUUUCACCACGUUCGCCUAUCACCCUGUCAAGAGUGCAAACGAGCAGCUGGGCCAUCUGUGUGAGAUCAACAACUUCAGGGAGCAGCUGACUUUGGCAGCCCAGAAAGCCCACAGCAAGAAGCCUGUACCUGGGAAAGCUAAUGGGGUUCUUGUGCUGAAUCAACCGAUCCUUAUUGAGGCAUAUGUGGGACUAAUGUCCGUCAUAGGUAACCAAAAUAAGCUGGGGUAUUGCUUGGCACGAGGCAGUGUUGGUUUCUGAGGUUGCCAAGAGUCUUCUAAUGAAUGUUAAGUAAUUCUCUUGGACCAGCUGAGCAUGAAUAGUUUAUACUUAUGUAAGAUAACUUAAGAUAUUUUAAAACAAAAGCAUUUAAUCAUUGCUGUUCUUACAUUUGUUCUAUAACUUCCAAUGCCAACAAAACUUGCUGUUAAAUCUUGUUACAUUGCUCCUAAAUUAAUUAUCGUUCUUCAGUGUAUUUGUUUGCUUUUGUUUUAGCUGUAUUUUAGGUAAGAUUGUUCAUUCAUUUAAUUUAAUCAUCAUUUCACAAUUUAACUUCAGAUUUGCCACAAAUCUUAAUAGUAUAAAUGAUUCAUAAUAAAUCUGUAGAUGGCUUCGUAAUGUAAAAGUUAACUGUUACACAGUCAUUUCCUUUGGGUGUGUCAUAACAUUAAAAAUAAUUUAGUCACUCCUCCUACGACUUCCUGAGAAGAAUGUAAUGUUUUUUAAUGUUAUUUCUUCUUACGCCCUUGCAGAAUGUGCCUUUUAUUGUUCUAACUAACUGUUGAAAUUCAAGAAUUACUGUAAAAACUCUCUGGUGAUAAUUUGUCAUUCUGCCAUUUCUUUAUAUCUGAGUGUCAAACAAUUUGUAAAGCCUUUAUAUACAAAAAUAAUAAUAAUAAAGUGCCUUAAUGGAAACUCGCUGUCAAUAGCACUGAUUGCGAUAUUUUCCACCACUGCAAGUGAGAAGAAUUUGUUCUGGAUGCUUUAGUGUGCACAAAAA